AUGCGACCCAAACCUUCCAAACAAGCGACGCUAGUUCAUGGAAAGGCCAUGGGCGCAGGUGCCCAGUCGCUUCGUCUGCCAUGCAAAUCUAUCAACAUCCCGGAAGUCUUCAGCGAGCCUGAAGGGAAAGAUCCGUUCUCCUCGCUCACCUCGCAUUCAGUUGGCAAGCGGCUUGUGGAGAAGUUGAUCAGCAACAAGGUCUUCGUCCAAGGUCGUAUUGACAGUAGCCACGAUGACGAUGUUGACUCUGUUGCACUGAACGGCACCACAGAUGCGCAUCGUCAACCAGGUCGACUUUUACAGCUGCGUGACGCAAUUCCCGGCCACGUACCCAUCAACGCAGACGGACAACGCCUCGAUUACUACAUGAAGCGACCUCCUUUCUCCGACAAACAAUUGUACUCCGGGAAGUAUGAUACCGGCGAGCGACAGCCUUGUAAAUGGUUCCAUCUCGCGAACGUAUGCCACUACCAGGACUUGUGCGCGUUCGACCACUCGGAUAUCAGUACCCAGGUUCGUAAGGUGCUUGAAUACACAGUCAAGAGGAAGCCUUGCAACAUGGGUAGUGAAUGCCGUCGCAUCGAUUGCAUCUAUGGGCAUGUCUGCCAGGACACGAGAUGCAUCACUGACGGUCUCGAGACUUGCGGCAUGAAGAGAUUCCAUGGGAUGGAUAAAGACUUCGCGAGGUGGGUAAAGGGCAAGUAUGCGCCAGAGUUUCCCACCGGUGUCACGAAAGAGGCACCCGCGGAGGAUGGAGGAAAUGCGACCCUAGAGUCUUCCUGGUUCUAA